AUGCAUGCGUAUAUAAUACAUUCUUUUCCCGAGAGAGAAAGAGAAGAAAGAGAGAGAGAUAUGGAGAGAACAGAGGCCGUGACCUCAUCGUUUAUAUGGCGGCCAAACGCAAACGCAAACGCGGAGAUAACGCCGAGCUGUCCAAGAUGUGGCUCCUCCAACACAAAGUUCUGUUACUACAACAACUAUAGCCUCACUCAGCCUCGCUACUUCUGCAAAGGCUGCCGCAGAUAUUGGACCAAAGGUGGGUCCCUACGCAACGUGCCCGUAGGCGGUGGCUGCCGCAAAUCCCGCCGCCCAAAAUCCUCCUCGAGUAACGCUAAAACUGGCCUAACCGCUAAUUCUUGCAGCUCCGGUGGUGGCUCACCAAGCAUCGAUCUUGCUCUUGUUUACGCCAAUUUCUUGAACCCAAAGCAUGACGAACCCACACAAGAAAACUGCGAUUUAGCCACCGCCACAGAUUUUCUAGUCGAUCUUCCUACAGAAGCUUUGAUGGAAACCUCAUGGAGUAUGGACAUCAAUGAUGGUCAUCAUCAAAACUAUGAUCAUCAAGUGGAACACACUGUGGAGGAAUGUGGUUAUAAUGGAUUGCCUCCAUUUCCUGGUGAAGAACUUCUUUCUAUAGACACUAAUGGUGUUUGGUCUGAUGCUUUGUUGAUUGGUCAUAAUCAUGUCGACGUUGGUGGUGUGACUCCGACUCAGGCUGUGCAUGAACCGGCGGUUCAUUUUGCUGACGAAUCCAAUGACUCCACCAACCUCUUGUUCGGAAGUUGGAGCCCUUUUGAUUUCUCAACCGAUGGAUGA